GUUUAUCCCGAUAUUGAAUUUCAGGGCAUCAACCAAGGCCCAGUACAGUCGGUGCUCCUCACAAUCUGUUUUUCAGGCAAACUUCCAACACAAGUUAUCGAAAGGAAUGCCCCUGUUCAGAUUUCAAUUUCUUUUGGAGAAGAAUAUGCGUCCUUUACCUCACCAGUUGUAGAAGCGGUAUCAAUGGAUCUAUGCUCCAGUUCUGGAGAAUCAAUGCAUCCAGAUGGCGCUGUGAGUCCUUAUAUUUCACGAUUUUUUUCCAAACUUACGCAGUACAAUGACAUCCAAAUCCCGUUCCUGCCACUUCAACACUUUGACAAUUCUGACUGGAACACAUGGGCAACACUAUCGAAGAAUAUCGAAAGUUGGUUGGUUGAUGUUGGUUCUGAGACACAACUGUGGACAUGGGGGCGCGACACAUUCUGGCUUGCCUUCAUUGCGGCUUAUCCAUUGUUCCCAAGGGGCUCAUGGCCAAAGUGGGAUUCCUGUAUCCCUUUGGAAGGUCCAUUCAUCAAGCGGUGGCUAGAACAGUUGGGUGAU